GAACAAGUUAUACAUGUUUAAAAAUUUUUUAAUUAGAACUAAAGUAUUGAAUUUCAUUUAUAUUAUUUCAACAUAAUGGCGAUUUAUUUAGAUCUUUAAACAUAUACAAUUUGUUUUAAGGUUGAUUGAGUAAUAAAAUUCGCAAAAUGCAUAUAUUCAAUUUUUAUAAAAACACAGUGACAAACUUGAAAAACAUGUAUUUUGUAUUUAUUAUUAUUGUUAUAAAGAGUUAGAAUUUUAUUCUUUUUAUUAUAAAUAAAUUUAAUAUAGCACAUUAAUAUCUCCAUUUCUAUUAAAAAGAUAUUGAGUUUUUUAUUUAGUCUAUACAAAGUUAUUCGAUUUUAAAUAGCAUACGAAUAUUUAUUUUAUUUCUUGAAUUUUGUCGUUGCUAAUUUCAGGCUUUAUAUUGUCAGCAGGCACGUGUACAUGUUAAAUGUAAAUAAAAAGCGUUCUACAAACAGCGAUAUAUACAUUAUACAUGUUCAAAGAAAGUUUACAGACACAAGAUAUGUAUCGAUAAUUCCGAUGAAUCCCUGUAAUUUAUAAUUGAAAAGUCGUUGUGUAUUUUGACAAAAUGCGUUACACAAGGAACGUGCGAUAAUAACAUUUUAAAGUACAGACAGAUUUUAUAUCCAAUUAUGAUUCUGAUAAAUAAUUGCUCGAUACGUGAGUAUGUUACAGUUGUUAAGUUUAUAUUGAUCAACAGCAAUUAUUAAAUUUCAAUUAUAACCUUGGGUAGAUAGAGUUGCUUAAGAUUAUUUUAACGAGUUGAUCUACAUCGGAUUUUUAGAGCAAUUUACUACAGCGAUCGAUUCAUGCAUUAGAUCGAAAUCUAAUUUAUCUAUUCUUUAUUUUUAUUAGAUUGUCUGGAAAGAGUUCGUUUCACUAAAGUUGAAUUAAAAUAAGAUUCUUUGUUCAAGGUUAAUUUCGUCGUUGUUUGUGAAAAAGGAAAGGAAAACGAAAAAAAAAAAAAAAAAAAUAAAAAAUAGAAAAAUGUGAAAUAUUUUUCCAGAUAAUCCCAGUAUUUGAUUGAUAUUAAUUUUUACUUAGAUUUCAUUUCAGUUUUGUAAUGACAUGAAUGUACAUUUAUGAAGAAUCCUUGAGCAUCAGUAAUUAAGUUCGACGAUUUUUGUAUAAUAAAUCAAUCGAAGUAGUCAUGGAUGAUCCAAGCCUUUUAUGUAUCUGACAUCGAAUUUCUAUGAUUUAUUUAGAGAGAUUAGCUCGAGAACAUCACUGUAAAAAGCCUCCAUAUCAGACCAGUAGGUCGUAGAAAUUGAACUCUUGUUUGUUACUGACACUAUGGGCCACGAUCGCAUACGUGGAGCUUGAUAAUUCAUAAGAACUAUUAUCCUACAUCGAUCAUUAUCGUAUCUUUUCGGUAAGAACGUCGUAAAACUUACAAUUAGUAUGAUUCAGUAGUCAUUGUUAAACAGUACAUGUAAUAUUCUUCUUCUUCUUCUUCUUAUUAUUAUUAUUGUUAUUAUUAUCAUAUUAUCAUCGUCAUCAUUAUUAUGGUUGCUAUCAUUAUUACGAUUAAUAUCAAUUACAGAGUAAUCUUUUGCAGAGAGCUCGUGGGAUAUGAUCAUACGCAUUUUCAUUCAUCACAGUUUUCAUAUGCGCUCUCAUUAUGUGUAUGCAGAAUGCAUUUUGUUGCGAGAUACUUUCAGACUAUCGUGAUAUAACAUUUUAAUCGCAAGAAUAAUUCUGAUCGGAUAUGAAAGCGGACAGAUCGUCUUUUGGGAUUUGAAAACGAAGAGUGCGGAUUACAGAUGUCACAGCGACGAACCCUUGAAAUCAAUAACAUGGCAUCACGAAGGCAAACAAUUUAUGUCUAGUCACAGCGAUGGUUCGCUAUUGACUUGGACGGUGCGUCAAUUAAAGCCAACAAAUGUCACGCAUCCACACGCGAAAGCUACCAAAGACGGAGAGCCGGAACCAUGUAAAUCUAUACAAAAAGUGGAAUGGAAACUGUCAAGAUCCGGGGAAGCAUACGUCAUAUUUUCCGGUGGUUUAGCGUAUGACACAACUGGAAGAACUCCUAGUAUUACAGUGAUACACGGAAAAACCACGACGGUCUUAGAAAUGGAGCACAAUGUUGUAGAUUUUAUAACGCUUUGCGAAAGUCCUUGGACAAGUGAUUUCCAGGAUCCUUACGCUGUUGUGGUUUUACUACAGAACGAUCUUGUGAUCAUCGAUUUGUUAACUCCUGGAUUUCCAUGUUUUGAAAAUCCAUAUCCAAUGGACAUACACGAAUCACCUGUGACCUGUUGUGCGUACUUCGCUGAUUGCCCGUCAGAUUUGGUACCUGCUUUUUACUCGGUUGGAUCUAAAUCGCAAAAGAAAACUGGAUUCAGUGAAAAAGAAUGGCCGAUCUCAGGCGGAGAAUGGAGUUCUAGUUCGAGCAGUUACAAUGAAAUUAUUCUAACAGGGCAUGCGGAUGGUAGUAUAAAAUUUUGGGACGCUUCUGCCGGUACGUUACAAGUCCUUUACAAAUUAAAAACGGCAAAGCUUUUUGAAAAGAGUAGAGUCCGAAGCGUGGAUUCGGAGGAAGAUCCAUUGGCGAUACAGCUUAUUUAUCUCUGUCCUGAAAGUCGAAAGUUGGCGAUCGCUGGUUCGGGGAAAUACGUUGUAUUAUUUAAAUUUAAGAAGGCUGAAAGUAUAUCGGAAGUAGUCACAUUAGAGAUAUCAUUGGGCCAAAAUUUAUUGAGAGAAAUAGAAACUUCGCCGGAUCACGAUGCGCCAGCGACGGGCAAUGUUCCUUCAGGCGGGGAGUCCAAGCACACAUCGGAAUAUAAUCAUCCAUUGAAAGUGAAGACCGGUUUACAAAAACGAGUUGCUGGCUUUCAAGCAACUUUAAUUUGUCUAACAAUCGCACCGAGCGGGGAACAAACUGAAAACAUAACAGCCCUCAGUUUAAAUUCAUCUUAUGGAUUAAUGGCCUAUGGAAACGAGACAGGGUUAGUAAUAAUCGAUAUCGUGCAGAAAAUCUCUUUAAUAGUGCUGCACACGGCGGACCUUGGCGGAAGCGGUGAUCCUUACCAGCGAGUUCUGCGAAGUCCCAAGAGGCAAGAUGAUUCGAAGCGAGAAAACGAAGAUAAAGCAAGGAGCCCGAGUGCAGAUCAGACUCAGCCGGAAGCGACGAGGGAGAGCGAGCCGAUAUUAACGAUGCCGCUAGCAGAUACUCAUCAACAUCAACAGCAACAACAUUCUCAGUGUCAGCGUGCAUCGCCACGUGAUUCGAGUUGUCCGGUCGGAAGCAAUGUUGAAAAAUUGACCGAGGAAUCGACGAGCGAGGGCUCGGCCAAGCUUGUCUCUGGAAGUACAACUGCAUCGAACGGUGAAGACAGCCCGAAGAAUCAUGGUUGGAAGGGUUUUCGUCUGAAACGACAGCUCAGCAAGGUCGAUCUCAAGAUAAAGAAUACGUUUGCGUCGUCCUUGGUGUCAUCUCAGAAUGGGGUACUUCAGGUAGGCAGUGAGAGUGCCCCUCCGAAGAGUUCUUCCGUUUUUUAUUGCAACGUCAACGAGUCCUCGAGAGCUCUUUCACCGGUCGAAAGUCUUGAGACGGAGGAAGAUGAGUCGGUCUCCUGUGCGAAUCCUUUGGGUCGCGAAAGUCCUCAAGCUUCUUGUCCUCAUGAUACGAAAAAUGCAGAUACCGAAAGCGAGAGACAAAGCGGAGUUGAACGUAACGAAGCCGUCGAAAGAACUCACACGGCGAACGUUACGACGAUGGCUACGAGCACGAUGGCCGCGAGACCUUUAGAAUUGUCCUUGCAUGAGAACGAUCGAAAGCCACGAUUGAAGAGGAUAGUGAUGGGGAUUCAGAGUAAGAGAGAGGGACGUCUACUUUCCGUGCCUAAUCUGAAAUACCAGAAAACUGAUGGAUCAACCGUUUGUGACCUAAGAUGCGAGGAUAACACGGCACCAGUCGCAGACUCCUUCACUGGAAAUCUUAUAAGAAGAUUCAGCCGGAUAGACAAAUUUGACGGUUCCUUUCAACGAUCACGGAGCUCAAGCAUGUCUUCGCUUGAGAAUAUCACCACGGAAACCAUUAGCUGCCUUACGUUCGCUGACUCCUAUACGAAGAAAAGCGAUACCAGCACCUUACCCACUUUAUGGGUUGGUACGUCUUUGGGGUCCAUACAAACCAUCGUAUUUAAUCCACCUGUACCAGGCGAGAGACAUUCAUAUCCUGUGGUUGUUUCAACAUGUAAUGGAUCGACGUUCAAGUUGAAGGGUUGCAUCCUGUCGAUGUCAUUUUUGGAUUGCAAUGGUGCAUUAAUACCAUAUUCUUUUGAAUCCUGGAGAGAUGAGAAUGUCGAUGCAGGAAAAGAACGUAACAAGAACCAAGGAAAAUGCAAUAGCCGAUUAUCACCGUCCUUGAACGCUCAAGUUACAACCGGGGAUGGUUUUGAGGAUCGGCAAUUUGUCGUCCUGACGUCUGAGAAGCAAGCGAGGGUCGUGGCUUUACCCUCUCAAGAUUGCGUCUACAGACAACAAUUGGCAGAGACUCAUAUUGUAAUCAAGGCAGAGGUUACGACUUUGAAAGAUAAUGUCUGCCUAGUAUGUUACGUCUCAAAUGGUCACGUAUCUACGUAUAGUCUACCUAGUCUCAGGCCGCUAAUAGACGUCGAUUUUCUACCGCUUACAGAUUUGAGUUUUCAGACUACAAAACACGGCAUUGUAGACCCCAUGUUGUCCAUAUGGGGUCAUCAACUGUUUGUUAAUGGCGAUACCGAUCAGAUUGCGAAGACUCUUUGCUUCAGUAAUCGUGGCCACGGUCUGUAUCUGUCCUCGCCUACGGAGAUACAGAAGUUUUCAAUAUCAAGCGAAUUCUGCGGAGAAUUGACCGAAAUGAUGGGAGAUUUGUUUAUCGGUCACGAUAUGCCGGAACCACCUAAGGAAAGUUUCUUUAGGGGCCUGUUCGGCGGUGGUUCGAGAAGUCUCGAUAGAGAAGAGUUGUUCGGCGAAUCGAGUGGUCGUGCAUCUCGUACAGUUGCUAAACACAUCCCUGGUCCAAAUGCAGGCACGGAAAAUAUGAGAGAACGCGUUACAGGGAUCACCGGUGAAAUUGCUCAGGCGCAUCACAUGGUAGUGGAGCGUGGAGAGAAGUUGUCGCACCUUGAAGAACGAACGGCUCGCAUGAUGUCCGAGGCUGAAAACUUUUCAACGUCGGCACACGGUCUGAUGCUGAAGUACAAGGAUAAGAAAUGGUACCAGCUAUGAGAGUAUCGCUUGAUUCGAAUCCGGAUACGAUUCAUAUGGACGAGUAUGGAAAUUAUAUGCAAGAAGUUGGCAUUUGCGAUUCAUCCAUGAAUUCUUCUCUCUUUGAUAAGAAAGCAAAAUUAACCGUAUUACAAGCUCCAAGUGUAUGCUCUAUGAGAAACAUGUAUGUAGGGACAAAGAGUGAAUUAGAGUGGAAGUAUGAGAGAGAAAAAGAGAGAGAGAGAGAGAGAGAGAGAGAGAGAGAGAGAGAGAGAGAGAGAGAAAGAGAGGGAGAGAGAGGGAGAGAGAGAGAGAAAUAUUAAUAGAUAAAAAGGAAUAUGAAAGAGAAAAAGAAAAAUUGAAUGUGUGAACGAAUAAAGUAUAGGGUCGUGAUGAUAAGGAAAGCCCCCUGCGCGCGCGCACAUACACAUACACACAUACACACAUACGCAUACACACAGAUUCCACACACACACACACACACAUGCGCAUACACACAAACAACACACUCAUGAUCAUCUGUGCUGGUCACAGGUUAUAGGUACGCACAUUAGCAAGACGAAAUUGAGUGGAUGGUAGAUAAUAAAGCGAUUACAUAUACAAGGUCACUUCAACAACAAUAUCGAUCAUAAUCUUUAUUCAAGAAAACAUUAAGACAUGAAAGAGGCGGUUCGAUAUGAGCUUAUAGUACGAAUCGCUUAAAAAUCAUAAAGGAGUGAGACGACGAUACAGGAGUCAAUACGAGCAAUUACGAAAUAAUUCGCCUUUUAAUCGAUGGUACUCGUUGAUUCAUUCGGAUGUCCUGCGCCAUUUAUGACGUCUUUACAUUACGCUCUUCUUUAUUGUCAAUGAGGUGAGGGGAAAAAAAAAUGCGACAACGGUGGAAUUCGAGUGAAACGAUAUAACAUCGUUUUACUUUCUCGUCUCCUUUUUCACGAAGAAGAUAGGUAUUUAAUCACGGGGCAUGGAAUUAUCAAAGACAGCAGAAAUUCGAGGCGCAGCGAUUUUAUCCUCCGAAUGUAUUGACAAUAAAAAUAUAGUUAAUUAGUCGAACAUGCAGAGGAUUGGGUAAAAUAUCAAACGAUGAAGUAUAUAUUUUAUCCACGGAGGCGAGUUUUGUAGUAGGAAAAGGUAUACUGCGAAACAUGUCACGCCGAUAAGAAUGUAUAAUUGUUAUCGAAUUGUAGUUAUCGCUAGACACGCUAAUGUAUAUAUAUAUAAUGGAAUGAGAAAAAAAAAAGAAUACACAUACAUACCCACACACACAUACACACACAUACAUACACAAAGUAGGAAAGAUUAUGCGUUAUAAAAAGCUGUUUAUAAAUAAUGUGUUAUAAGUUACGCUACUUCAGCGUCGUUGGUGAAUUCAACUGAAUUUGUAAUGCAUAAAUGGCACGGAAGAGCAAACUAUUCUAAUUUUAACUGUACGUAUAGACUAGAUAACAUAAAGACAAUAUAUGAUAUACACACACGUGCGUUCCGGGCGCGCGCUUGUGCGGGUGCAAAAAAUUCAAUUGAAUUUAUCGAGGCUCUGAAUCGACGUACUGCUUCCAUAGCAAUAAUUGUAUAGUCGAUGUUAAUGGUACUAAUCACUUGCAUUAAUACUUAUAAAUGCAUCCUACAGACGAUUAACUAGAAUGCAUUCUUCGAGUUGUUUAAACUUCGUGGUAUGAUCUUUCUUGGACAAUAUAUUCAAAUCGCAUUGAAUUAAUCCCGUUAUUGUAUCGUGGGAUGUCUUCACUAUCAAUUAUUAGUACAAAACUCGCGAACUCGGCGAGUCGUUGGAGACUUAAUAGGCGACAUUUACGAGAAAAAUAUAAUAAUGGAAACAUGUUAUUCGAGGCUAAGGAUCGAAUAAAACUUUCGGUUGUUCGGUAGGUACACUACAUUUGCGCUAUCCUACAUACAUCUAGAAUCAUUGCUCUUUGGAAAUCGGAGAUUCUGCAUGCGAGCGAUUUAAUGAUAGUAUACUAAUAAUUAAAAAAAAAAAAAAAAAAGAAAAAGAAAAAGAAAAAAAAAGACAAAAAAAAGACAAAAAAGACAAAAAAAAGAAAGAAAAAAAAAUAUAUAUAUAUAUAUAUGUAUAUAUAUAUAUAUAUAUAUAUAACAAAUUCAUAAGUGGAAGGCUAUUUUAACGCUCACACGAAGGGAAUGAACGUUUCUUCAGUUCGAAAAGAGAAAGUGUUUUUUCGGACUACUGUGAAAGUGGUUUUUUGUUGUAAUAAUGGAACUGUAGUUAAAUGUGCCAUAGUUAUGAAGGAAUAGAGAUAUAUAUAUAUAUAUUACCGUUUAAGUGUUUGAUAAUAUAAUAUACUCCACAACUUCCGUUGUACACGGUAAAAUAUCAUACUUUACAGAUUUCGACUACUUAUCUGUCGCAUCGGAACCUGCAAAGAUCUGUUUGAAAAUAAUUUCUCGAUAUAUAAAAUGUAGUUUCAGUUAUACUUAAACUUAGCUAACUAAUUUCGUUUUCGUUCCUCGAAUCAUUUUCAUACACGGUGCUUGUAAUCUUCGAUUGGUAAUUAUUUAGAUGAAAACAGAGCUGAAACUAUCUGUUGUAUAUCUUCAUAUCACGAUACAAACUAUUGUCACGUACUUGAUUGAAUAAACAUUAAUUUUGCCUAUUC